UCAUCAACAGCCCAUAUAUUUUCGGGCAGCAAACGGGGACUAUCCACGCCAUGUUCGAAUUUGACUUCGAACACCUGGAAGACUCAGGGGCAAGAGAAGGCCUGUCUAUCACUGUGAAUGGCUUGGAUGGCACAGAGUACCAAGUCUGGAAGCUGCAAGGCUCUACAGUGAAGGAGUUGAAAGUCUCUCUGGAGGAACUGCAUGGCAUCCCUGUCUUUGAGCAGAGAUUAUGCCUUGACUCUCGAGAGCUGCGAGAUGAAGUAAGCUUAGACUUGGAACACAGUGAGUUGCAGCUGCUCCGAAGCGCAGCAAAUGAGGAAGAGUGGUUGGAGAAGAUUCGGCAGAACCCCUUUGCGCUGUGUGAGGCGCCUGUGUCGAUCAAAGCCAGCAGAGACGUUGUCAGAGAAGCUGCCGCUAAAGAGGUAUCGGCUUUGGCAUAUGCGGAUGAAGCUUUGCGCGGGGAUGAGGAAUUCGGGCAUGAUUUGGUGUCUAGAGAUGGCUUCGCCCUCAGAUACCUUUCGGCAAAUCUUCAAGCUAAGCGGGAGAUUGUACUGGCUGCGGUUCAAUCUGCGGGAUCAGUACUGAGACAUGCUGGAGAAAGCCUCAAAGCUGAUUCCGAGAUCGUGCUUGCGGCAGUCCGACAAGAUGCGAAAGCUUUGAUGCACGCAGACCUGGAGCUUUUGCAUGACACCGACUUCACGAUGCAAGCCAUGGCAACCAACCGGUUGGUUGCAGACUACUUGAUGAGUCUCACUUUGGACGGCCGACGGUCAGAGGAGCAGAGAGCAGCUGAAGAAGCCUGGGAGACGGAGACAGACCUGCAAGAUUCAGGUUUGCCGCUGGACAGGGCGCACUCAUACUUUCAACGAGGCGAUGCCGUAUUUUUGGACUCUCGAUCCGUCGACGAGUUUGACAGAGGCCACAUUGUCGGGGCGUUAUCCUUCUCUGAACGGUCUCCACUGCUUCGACGCUUGAUUCAGCAACGAGAAGACUUGGAGCACACGGCGAAUCCCGUGUUGAAGCAACUGCUGCGAUUCCCUCACAAACUCGUUAUCAUCAUCGUUUACAGCGAUAGUGGUUCUGACGAUCUUAGCCUGGGAUACAUCAGCCGCUGUGUCCGCGUCACACAAGAGCUACGCCGCAUUUGCCGUCAGCAGCCUUCCUUGGGGAACGAGAAACGCAUUCUGAGGCUGAUCGGCGGGCUGAAUCACUGGAAGAGAGCAGGGUGUCCCGUGAAUGGGGACGAGCGGCCUUUGAUUAACAACCACGUGCUUUAUGAGGGUGGUAUUCAUGGCUAUCUCAACAUUGAAAAUGACAUUUAAGAAUACUUAGGAUUUCUGUCUCCCUUCCAAAGCAGAAGGGGUCCUUCCAAAACUUUUGAGCUGCAAAGUGGGGCUUUCUCUGUCACAGUCUGUUUGGUGUUUGACCAUGAACGUGCAAGUUCGAGCUAAGAAGGGCUACGGAGGCAGGUACCUGCUUGCUGAUGCUGAGCUAGGACAGAGAACAUGUCAUGAUCAAUGCUGAAGUGCAAGGAUCAAG